UGACGUUUCCCGUUCCGUUGAAUCGACACGCCGCAAGAAAUCGACUCCUGAAAUUCCUGUUCUGAACCCUUAGCCGAGCUAAACAGACAAACUAGAAGUGCUUUUUUGGGUAAUUCCUGACGAUUUAGGGAUGUACUGACGGACGGAGACGAUGAAGAUAAAAGUAUAACAAUAAGAUGUGCCUGGCCUGCCGGAGGGCAGCAACAGAAGACAGUGAAACUACAGCGGAGGGCAGCAACAGAGGACGGUGAAACUACCGUGGAGGGGAGCAACAGAGGACGGUGAAACUACCGUGGAGGGGAGCAGCAGAAGACCUUCUCAUGGCCUGCCAGUCUGUCUCCAUCAUCAACAUGGACGAGCAGGCCCUGCUGGGGCUCAACCCUAACGCAGAUGCCUGCUAUAGGCAGAAGGCGAUGGUGUAUUUUGAGCAGUUGAAGGAGUCCCAGGAUGCCUGGGAGGUGUGUGCAGAGGCCCUGGCUAAAGGCAUUUACAGUGACGACCAUGUGAAGUUCUUCUGUUUCCAAGUCCUGGAGCACCAGAUCAAGUACAGACAUGGAGGGCUCAGUCCUGCCCAGCAACAGCUGAUCAGAGAAACUCUGAUGAAGUGGCUGCAGGGUCAGUUAAUGAACUCCCAACCAGAGAAGCCGUUCAUCCGUAACAAGGCAGCCCAGGUGUUUGCUCUGACCUUCGUGAUGGAGUACCUGACCCACUGGCCCAAGUUCUUCCACGACCUGCUGUCUCUAGUGGGCCUGAACCCACACGGGGUCGACGUCUACCUCAGAACACUGAUGGCUAUCGACGCUGAGGUGGUGGACAGAGACAUCCUGCACUCCCCUGAGGAGGUUCGUAGGAACACAUUAAUAAAAGAUGGUAUGAGGGAGCAGGUCAUCCCCAGCCUGGUUGAGUCCUGGUACCAGAUCCUCGGGGCCUAUCAGCAGUCUCACCCUGAGAUCACCUGUCAAUGUCUGGAGGUAGUGGGGGCAUACGUCUCCUGGAUAGACCUCAACCUCAUUGCCAACGACAGGUUUGUGAACCUGCUGCUGAGUCAGAUGUCUGUGGAGGACCUGAGAGAGGAGGCAUGUGACUGUCUGUUUGAGAUUGUCUGUAAAGGAAUGGCCCCGACAGACAAGACCAAGCUGGUCGAGUCCCUCUGUCAGGUCCUGCAGUCGGCUGGCUUCUUCAACGUGGACCAGGAGGAGGAUGUGGACUUCCUGGCUAAGUUCUCCAGACUGGUGAAUGGGAUGGGCCAGUCUCUGGUUCUGAGCUGGACCAAACUGGCCAAGGGGGGCGCCGUGAAGGAAGCCGCCGAGGCGCUGCGUGCCCUCGAGACCAAGGUUCCUCUGCUCCUCCAGCUACUGGUCCACGACGACGAUGACAUCUCAGCCAACAUCGUAGGCUUCUGCUACGACUACCUGAACGUACUCAAACAGGGGUCCGAGUGGCAGAGUCACAUGCCUCAGGUAGGGAGAGGAGGACAGGAGGCAAUUGAAGAGUACUGGGACUCAGACAAGUUCCCGCUGCUGACAGACCAACAGAAGACUCACGUUGAGGACAUCAUGUUGGCCGUCAUGAAGAAACUAACUUAUGAUGAAGAGUACAACUUUGACAACGAGGGAGAGGAUGAAGCGAUGUUUGUAGAGUACAGGAAACAGUUGAAGAUGCUGUUGGAUCGCCUGGCUCAGGUGUCUCCUGACCUGCUCCUGGAAGCUGUAGGCAGAGUCUUCAACAACACCAUACAGCGUUGGCAGACGGCGUCCUUCAUGGAGGUGGAGGUGGCCAUCAGGCUGCUGUACAUGCUAGGAGAGGCUCUGCCUGCGUCUCACGGAGCUCACUUCUCUGGCGACACGGCCAAGACCUCCGCCCUGCAGGAUAUGAUGAGAACGCUGGUCUCCUCUGGUCUCAGUGGUUACCAACACACGUCUGUGUCGCUGGAGUUCUUCGAGACGGUGGUUCGUUACGACAAGUUCUUCCUGGUUGAACCGCAGCACAUUCCUAUUGUCCUGAUGUCCUUUCUGGACCAUCGCGGUCUGAGACACAGCAGUCCUAAGGUCCGUAGCAGAGUGGCCUACCUCUUCUCACGGUUCGUCAAGACACUGCAUAAACACAUGAACUCCUUCAUUGAAGACAUCCUGUCCAGGAUACAGGACCUGCUGGAGCUAGCUCCUCCUGAGAACGGUUUCCCUGCGCUGCUGACCAGCGAUGACCAGCUGUUUAUAUUUGAGACGGCGGGGGUGUUGAUCGUCCACGGAGAGAGUCCCGCGGAGAGGAAGCAGGCGCUGAUGAGAUCCCUGCUGACCCCGCUGACCGACGCCUUCCGUCUGCUGCUGGCCAAACUGGCCUCUGAGAGGGAGGAGGAGAGGCAGGCUGCGCUGGCCGACUGUCUCAGUCACGCUGUUGGCUUCGCUAGUCGUACCAGUAAGGCGUUCAGCAACAAGCAGACAGUGAAGCAGUGUGGAUGUACUGAAGUCUACAGAGACUGUCUGCAGACCUUCCUGCCUGCACUGAGCUGUCCUGUCCAGAGGGGGUCUCUGCGUAGCGCUGUCCGCUCCUUCCUUCAUCGCAUGAUCAUCUGUCUCGAAGAAGAGGUCCUGCCCUUCGUCCCGGCGGCAUCGGAGCACAUGCUGAAGGACUGCGAGGCCAGGGACCUGCAGGAGUUCAUACCCCUCAUCAGUCAGAUCACCGCUAAGUUCAAGGACCAGGUGUCUCCUUUCCUGCAGCAGGUGUUCAUGCCUCUGGUCCUGGCCAUCUUUGAGGUGUUGUGUCGACCUGCUGAGGACAACGACCAGGCAGCAGCUCUGGAGAAACAAAUGUUACGUAGAAGCUACUUCACCUUCAUACAGACGAUAACCUCCAGCGGGAUGAACGAAGUCCUGGCCAACCAGGGUGUUGAGAACGUAGAGCGGGUUCUGUUCACCAUCAUCCAGGGAGCUGUCGACUUCCCCGACCCCAUCGCCCAGAAGACCUGCUUCAUCAUCUUGUCCAAGCUGGUGGAACUCUGGGGAGGUAAAGACGGUAUGGCUGGUUUCCCAGACUUCAUCUAUAAACACAUCGUCCCAGCAUGCUUCCUGGCUCCUCUCAAACCAUCCUUUGAUCUCACGGACGCUCAGACCGUCCUGACGUUGUCAGAGUGUGCUCUGACGUUGAAAAUGAUUCAUCUCAGAAGGGGUCCGGAGUUUAUCCAGUACCUUCAACAGGAGUACCUCCCUUCUCUACAGGUGUCACCUGAAAUCACACAGGAAGUGUGUCAAGUGCUUCAGCAGCCAGACGCCAAGGUCCUCAAAAACUACAUGAAGGCUUUCUUUCAGCGAGCCAAACUGUAAAUACAAACCGAGCUGGAAGGAUUGAGAGAGGACACUGGAAACUGAGAGAAGACUGGUAGUGAGAGAGUACCACUCACUACGGACAGCCGGACGUAGAGAGAUCUUAAAGACGGAGAGCUUAGCAUAGGAGCGGCCUUAGCACUUCUGAAGGUAACUGCAUAACCUCGCCCAUCCUGUCCACGUGGGAGGGAACGGAGCCAAGACACAAGGACACGAGUGGUCAAGGAGGCUUUCACUGGGGUGACCACACCCCCCUCCACUGAUCCAGGCCCAAUCAAGGACGUGCUCUCCAUCUGGGGUGGCACCCUGGUCAAGUGAAGAUGUGAUUGGUUGGAUUCUCUGCAAGACAGGAAGUAAACUAGAGUAUAGAGGAAGGCUUAUGGAACGAGGCUUCCAUAGUAGAAUACCAAGUAUCCUUUAACAGGCCUGAAGCCUCAUCUGUCUGUUGGUAAUGAUCCAACAAUGACCUGAACACAGUCUAACGAUUAGGAUUUAUUCAUUUAUAAAAAAUGUAUUUUUUUUCUUAAAAAAAAAAAAAAAAUGUUUUCAAGAUGUCUUUGAUUUGAGUGGUUGAACGUGGAGGUUUUGUUUCUCUUUGCCCUGUGAAUGAAUUGAUGGACUAAAUAAAAGGGCUUGACAUAUUUUUCUAGAUUUUUCUGUUGUGGAAGAAAUGGGAUGGUUGGGGUAGGAUGUGUUUUAGUUUGACGUGAUAUACAGGACAGACCUCUAACGGGAGGAUGACAGACCUCUGUAACGGUGGAUGACAGACCUCUGUAACGUUGUCAGGUACCCCUGUCCCUCAGAACGUUGUCAGGUACCCCUGUCCCUCAGAACGUUGUCAGGUACCCCUGUCCCUCAGAACGUUGUCAGGUACCCCUGUCCCUCAGAACGUUGUCAGGUACCCCUGUCCCUCAGAACGUUGUCAGGUACCCCUGUCCCUCAGAACGUUGUCAGGUACCCCUGUCCCUCAGAACGUUGUCAGGUACCCCUGUCCCUCAGAACGUUGUCAGGUACCCCUGUCCCUCAGAAUGUUGUCAGGUACCCCUGUCCCUCAGAACGUUGUCAGGUACCCCUGUCCCUCAGAACGUUGUCAGGUACCCCUGUCCCUCAGAACGUUGUCAGGUACCCCUGUCCCUCAGAACGUUUUCAGGUACCCCUGUCCCUCAGAACGUUGUCAGGAUGUCCUGAACGUCAGGGCCUCUUCAUGGUGUUUCAGUAGGAGUGCUGAUGGAGGAUGUUAUGAAUAAGAAGAGGUCGGACUGCUUCUAGAUCAGAUAUGCUUUAUGAACUCAAGCCCUGAACAAGGUUCUCCUCUACCCUCAGUCCCCUCAGAAAGAAUAGGACCUGCCCUGAACAAGGUUCUCCUCUACCCUCAGUCCCCUCAGACAGAAUAGGACCUGCCCUGAACAAGGUUCUCCUCUACCCUCAGUCCCCUCAGACAGAAUAGGACCUGCCCUGAACAAGGUUCUCCUCUACCCUCAGUCCCCUCAGAAAGAAUAGGACCUGCCCUGACCAAGGUUCUCCUCUACCCUCAGUCCCCUCAGAAAGAAUAGGACCUGCCCUGAACAAGGUUCUCCUCUACCCUCAGUCCCCUCAGAAAGAAUAGGACCUGCCCUGAACAAGGUUCUCCUCUACCCUCAGUCCCCUCAGACAGAAUAGGACCUGCCCUGAACAAGGUUCUCCUCUACCCUCAGUCCCCUCAGACAGAAUAGGACCUGCCCUGACCAAGGUUCUCCUCUACCCUCAGUCCCCUCAGAAAGAAUAGGACCUGCCCUGAACAAGGUUCUCCUCUACCCUCAGUCCCCUCAGAAAGAAUAGGACCUGCCCUGAACGAGGUUCUCUACCCUCAGUCCCCUCAGACAGAAUAGGACCUGCCCUGAACAAGGUUCUCCUCUACCCUCAGUCCCCUCAGAAAGAAUAGGACCUGCCCUGAACAAGGUUCUCUUCUACCCUCAGUCCCCUCAGAAAGAAUAGGACCUGCCCUGAACAAGGUUCUCCUCUACCCUCAGACAGAAUAGGAUCUACCCUCAGUCCCCUCAGACAGAAUAGGACCUGCCCUGAACAAGGUUCUCCUCUACCCUCAGACAGAAUAGGACCUGCCCUGAACAAGGUUCUCCUCUACCCUCAGACAGAACAGGACCUGCCCUGAACAAGGUUCUCCUCUACCCUCAGUCCCCUCAGACAGAAUAGGACCUGCCCUGAACAAGGUUCUCCUCUACUCUCAGACAGAAUAGGACCUGCCCUGAACAAGGUUCUCCUCUACUCUCAGACAGAAUAGGACCUGCCCUGAACAAGGUUCUCCUCUACCCUCAGUCCCCUCAGACAGAAUAGGACCUGCCCUGAACAAGGUUCUCCUCUACCCUCAGUCCCCUCAGACAGAAUAGGACCUGCCCUGAACAAGGUUCUCCUCUACCCUCAGACAGAAUAGGACCUGCCCUGAACAAGGUUCUCCUCUACCCUCAGACAGAAUAGGACCUGCCCUGAACAAGGUUCUCUACCCUCAGUCCCCUCAGACAGAAUAGGACCUGCCCUGAACAAGGUUCUCCUCUACCCUCAGUCCCCUCAGACAGAAUAGGACCUGCCCUGAACAAGGUUUUCCUCUACCCUCAGUCCCCUCAGACAGAAUAGGACCUGCCCUGAACAAGGUUCUCCUCUACCCUCAGUCCCCUCAGACAGAAUAGGACCUGCCCUGACCAAGGUUCUCCUCUACCCUCAGUCCCCUCAAACAGAAUAGGACCUGCCCUGAACAAGGUUCUCCUCUACCCUCAGUCCCCUCAGAAAGAAUAGGACCUGCCCUGAACAAGGUUCUCCUCUACCCUCAGUCCCCUCAGACAGAAUAGGACCUGCCCUGAACAAGGUUCUCCUCUACCCUCAGUCCCCUCAGACAGAAUAGGACCUGCCCUGAACAAGGUUCUCCUCUACCCUCAGUCCCCUCAGACAGAAUAGGACCUGCCCUGAACAAGGUUCUCCUCUACCCUCAGACAGAAUAGGACCUGCCCUGAACGAGGUUCUCUACCCUCAGUCCCCUCAGAAAGAAUAGGACCUGGUUUAACAAACAUCUGUUUGUGAUCUAAAAAAAAUCAGACAUUGUCAGGAACUGCAUCUCAGCUGUACUUACUGUCUGUUGGUGGGGGGCGCUUAACAGAAGGUCCACUAUAGGGCCCUGGGCAACAUAUAGGGAAUGAUGGUGGGGGGGUGACUGAGUGAAGUCAUCCACUCUGCCCUCAACAGGAGAACUCUGGACCAGACUGACUAGCGAAGUGUUUAGGGGAGGGGGGGGUGACUGAGUGAAGUCAUCCACUCUGCCCUCAACAGGAGACAUCUGGACCAGACUGACUAGAGAAGUGUUUACCCCGGUGGUCGCUACGACACCGUCACUUCCAGAAGGAAAGUAUUUUAAUAGUGGAUCAAAAUGUAAAUAUGACGUUUUAUUUUAAAGAAGGAAUAACAUGUUGGGAUGUAAAUAACUUAGUUUGAUGGUUUGUUUUUGUUGUUGUUGUUGUUUUGAACUUCUGUUCCUUUUCUGAAGAGAUGUAAUGUUAAAGAUUAGUCCGUGUCGUCUUUACAGGUUUGAGCAGCAUGAUCCAUAGGACUGACUAUAACCGGGACAACAGCAUUUUAUACCCAACUGUUACUCACAAUUCAGCUUGACCAAUGAGGACAUGUGAUUGGUAAUGCUAACCUGCCUGUUAACUAUAUACUGAACAAACAUGUCAAUGAUUUAAACUCCGUUACAGUUCAUUAAAUGAAAUCAGUCAAUUGAAAUAAAUUCAUUAGAUCGUA